UCCAUGACAUUGACUCACCGGGCACCGUAGGACCGGGUGACGGAAACCAGCAGGCAGUCAGAGUGGAUUGUGUGGCCCCUGUACUGGAGAUCCAGACCCCCACCAGUUCCAGAAGCCACAGCCACCUCACUGGAUGGACAGAUACAGCAACAGGACGAGCCUUGAGAGUUGUGGAUCUGUUUGAUGAUGUUUGGAACAGAGGUUUGAUAUUGAUCAAGACACUCAUUUAGCUUUUAUUUAGUCAGGACAUCUUGAGAGACAUUCUUGUCUUAGUGAGAGAGCAGGACUGCAGCAGACCACUGAGAGCGGGAAACAUAUCCCUACCGGACAGAGCAGACGGCGGCCAUUUCAAGGGACGCGGAACCAGACUUACAAAAGUCAUUCCAAUCAAUGGGGUCCAAGUCUUCUUGAACCCUGUGAGGAGAUUCUGAAGAGUGGCUUUAAUUUGUGGGCUAUAUUGUCAAUGUGGAACAGAGGAAGUGUCACUCUGGAAUCACUGAUUGAUAUGCGGUAGAGACGACCGUGUGACACAAUCUACAAGAGACUUCUACUACGGACCCCAUUUGUUUUGCCCAUCAGAGUGAGAAGAAGGGACUGAGACAGACGCAGGAAGCCAACAUGGACAUAUUCGGUGGUGCCCCCCGUGUACUGGGCUACUCACGCCCCGUGGCGGCACAGUGUGGCACGGACGCCGUCCUGCAAUGCAAGAUCGGCGGCGACCCUCGUCCCGAGGUGGUCUGGGAGAAGAAGAAUGUACAGAUCCUGUCAGAGGGACGCUACAGGCUGUCGGAGGAGGGCCAGGCCUACUUCCUACACAUCACUGGGGUCGGGCUGGAGGACGCUGGCCAGUAUAUCUGCAAGGCCAGUAACAGCGUGGGUGAGACGUGCGCCCCUGCCACACUGAAGGUGGAGAGGAACAGUCAGGAGCGGCAAGGAGCGCAGAAACAGACAGAGGUCAAUGGGGUGCAGCAAACCAGGCUGGAGAAUGGAGAACCAACAGCGGUAGAGAAGGAAAAUGGAGAGGAGAGUGAGCGGGACAAAAAGAAGCAGCGCUAUGAAGGGGAGCCCCUGCUGUCAGACGACAGACCUCACUUCCUCAUCAAGCCCCUCUCCCUGAGGGUGGACCGGGGCGAGGACGCAGCCUUCUCCUGUAAGCUGUCGGGCAACCCUCUGCCCCAGGUGGUGUGGGAGAAGGACGGGAAGAAUCUGAGCGACAUCUUCGAGAGCGCCCACUUCAACGUCAGCAGCCAGGACGGAGGCUGGUUCCAGCUGAAGAUCUUCCGGACGAGGAUGCCCGACGGGGGUGUCUACACCUGCAGAGCCCAUAAUAAUCAAGGAGGGGCGCUGGCGGGCGCAGUGCUGCUUGUGGAGCUCGUCCCGGAACGGCAGGAGAGCGGGGCGUCCACGUCAAAUGGGCACAGCAACGGGCAGACAUCACCUCGUGGUAUGAGGCACAGGAUGGGAAGACACGGUUUGUCGAGACAGCCGGAUGAGCCCAAUCUGAACUCUGCCAAUGUGAAGAAAUUUGCGGUGUCGGAGGGGAAACAUGCUAAGUUCCGCUGCUUCGUGACAGGGAAACCUAAGCCUGAGAUCAUCUGGAAGAAGGACGGAGCGCCCCUAGAGGCUGGGAGGCGUCACCUUCUGUUUGAGGACAGAGAGGGUUACUACACGCUCAAAGUGAUGUACUGUAAACAUCAGGACACAGGGCUGUACGUGUGUGCUGCGUCCAACGCUCUGGGACACACUCUCAGCUCUGUUUACCUGACUGUCAAAGCUCCAGCGGUGCGGUUCAGGCGGUCUCUGCAAGACGUGGAGGUGAGAGAGAGAGGCAUGGCCGUGUUGGAGUGUGAGGUACCUAAUGAGGGCAUCCCCACUGCCUGGUACCUGGAGGACCAGAGACUACAGGCAGGGGGUAAAUACGGCAUAGAGCAGAACGGAGCCCGGCGCAGGCUCACUAUCCGAGAUGUAGGAGCAGACGACGAUGGGGUCUAUCUCUGUGAGAUGCCUGAUGGAGGGAAGAGUAUCGCUGAGCUGGCCGUCAAAGGCACAAUUGUUAAAAAACUUCCUCGAAAACUAGACGUGUUAGAGGGGGAGAAUGCUGUGUUCUGUGUGGAGGUAGAGGAGGAGAACAUGGAUGUCCACUGGUUCAAAGAUGGCCUGAAGCUACGCGAGAGCCACCAGACUAUCCUCAAGUCCUUUGGUAAAACCCACAUGCUGGUGUUCGUCAACGUCUGCCACGGGGACACUGGGGUCGUGACCUUCGUUGUGGGAAGAUCCAAGACCUCGUCCCGGCUCAGAGUCAAAGCUGCCAGACACAGCCCUCCCAUCUGUCCAGUGGGGGUGGAGAUGGAUGUGGACAGGCCCAACAGCGUGCUCCUCUCCUGGGAGCCGGCCCCCACCAGCCAGACCACCACCCGCUCCGUCUAUGUCCUGGAGAGACAGGAAGUGGGAUCACAGGAGUGGCUGAGGUGUGCGACCUCCGACACGGCGACCUCCGCAGAGGUCAUGGGCGACAGCGUGCCGUGCGAGGGCGAUUACCACUUCCGUGUCUGCUGCAUCAAUAAGUAUGGCCGUAGUGGACACGUGGAGUUCCCUAAAGUCGUCCAUCUUGUGCCAGGUCCCAAGAUCAGGACCCCUCUCCAGGGCUGUGAGGUGACGGAGGGGGAGGACGCCCUGUUCUCCAUCAAUCUGUCAGUGAUGGUGACGGGCACCUGGUUCCUGAACAGCACCCAGCUACAGGAUAGCCAACACUACUCUAUCCAACAGGCCAAGACACAGCACUCCCUGGUAAUCCACAGCACCAAGGUGGAAGACCACGAGGCAGAGGUCACCUUCAUCGCCAACGGAGUCAGAGACUCAGCGGUUCUCAAGGUUCAAGCUGCGGUGGUAAAGUUCAGCCCAAUGUCAGAGUCAGACAGUAACAAGAGGGUGGAGACUGGUGACCCUGUGGUUCUGUACUGUGAGGUGUCCCACCCCUCAGCCAGCGUGGGCUGGUUCAAGGAUGGGGUGGAGCUACAGGUGACAGACAGCCUCAACAUCCAAUCAGAAGGCAACAUGAGGAGGAUCGUUAUCCGAUCGGCUGAGUUCACCGACUCUGGCGUGUACACAUGCGAGACGAUGGGUGAUGUCAUCAAUUUCAACGUGGAGGUUGAAGGUCCCCCUGUGCAGUUCAGUGAGGUCCCUGAGGAGGAGCUCCAGAAGUCUGCUAUGGAGCUGGAUCCUGUGGUGCUCACCUGUGAGGUUUCCAGAGAGGACGCCAACGCUACCUGGUACAAGAAUGGGGUUGAGGUCCAGGCCAGUGAUAACAUGACCAUACAAACAGAGGGCACCAUGAGGAGACUGAUCAUCCGUUGUGCUGAGACCUCAGACGCAGGAACCUACAGCUGUCAGUCAGGAGACAACAGCCUCUCAUUCACUGUCAACAUCAAAGAGCCUCCAGUGAUGAUCGUGGAGCCCAAGGAGGACGUGGUUAUGGAGGGUCAUAUCUCUGAGCAGGUGGUCCUGCAGUGUGAGCUGUCCCGCUCCAGCGGUGAGGUCCACUGGUUUAAGGACGGCCUUCAGGUCCUGGAGACGGAGAACGUCCAGCUGACGUCCGAGGGACCGUACAGGAGGCUGACCGUCCUCUGCGGCUCGGCAGAAGAUUCCGGAGAGUACGUCUGCGACACGGAUGGAGACUCUGUGUUCUUCCAGGUCACCAUCACAGAGCUUCCGGUGCGAAUCGUCUCCCCUACUGAGUCUGAGCUGGAGCUGACCAGCCUGACCUCUGAGAGGCUGGAGCUCAGCUGCGAGAUCUCCCAGCCUGAUGCCCAGGUACGCUGGUACCGAGAUGGGCUGGAGGUGGAGGAGAGCGCCUCUCUCAUCCUGGAGUCCAGGGGAGCCCACAGGACACUGGUCAUCCCCGCGACCACUGUGGAGGACACAGGAGAGUAUGUGUGUGACACAGAGGAUGACUCAGUCACAUGGCUGGUCACUAUUUCAGAGCCUCCUGUGAAGCUGGCCCGCUCUGAAACAAUGUCUGACGUAAAGGACUGUUUCUCUGGAGAACCCAUCGUCCUGGAGAUCGAGGUGUCACGGUUCAACGCUGAGGUGAUCUGGAUGAAGGAUGGAGGAGAGGUGGAGGAGAGCAGUGAUGUCACCAUCACUGAGGAUGGACUCAUCCGCCGCCUCACCAUCUGCACGCCCGUCCCGGGCGACUCUGGGAAAUACACCUGUCUUGCCUCAGAUGACCUCAUCGACUUCCAGGUCAAGGUGUCAGAGCCCCCAGUGAAGAUCGUGAAUAGGUCAGAAGUCAAGACAGAGGUCAAGUCCCUACCCUCUGAUGACAUUGAGUUGGAGUGUGAACUCUCCAGGGCCAAUGCCGUCGCUAAGUGGUACAAAGAUGGCCGCCGGUUAAACGAAGACGAGAGGUUCUAUGAGGAGGAAGAAGGGGCGUUCCGCUCCCUGGUGAUCCUAAAUGCUGAGCUGGAAGAUUGCGGAGACUACUUCCUUGAUGCCGGAGAUGACAACAUCACCUUCCAUGUCACUGUGCAAGAGCCUCCAGUGACCAUCCUGGGGAACUCUGAGGAUACAGACUACCAGGAGAUGGUUGCCGGGGAUGACCUGAUCCUGGCCUGUGAGGUGUCCCGGGCCAAUGCCCCUGUCCAGUGGUACUGUAACGACAGACAGCUGACUAGCGAUGACCGGACCUACAUGGAGAGCUACGGCACGCUGAGGAAACUCAUCCUCUCUGACAUCCUGCCCUCUGACUCUGGGAAGUACAUGUGUGAUGCUAUCGAUGACAAGAUGGUCACCAUGGUGAAGAUCCAAGACUCCCCCGUCACCUUCGUAGACAAACAAGCAGUGAACAUCAUCACGGGUUACGAGGCAGAAAGUGUGACGCUGAUGGGGGUCGUGUCUAAGGAGAACGCUCCGGUUCGCUGGCUCAAGGACUGGACACCCGUCAUAGGGGACCGCUUCCACACGGGGGUCGACGGCGCCAACCGGUUCCUCACCAUUGACCCGCUGAGAAGAUCGGACAGCGGAGAGUACACAGUAGACGCCAACACAGACGAGAUGCAUUUCAGUCUGCUAGUCAAAGAGAUGAGGGUGAAGUUUGCCAAGCCGCUCCACGACACUGUGGCCCAUGCGGACGGCAUGGUGACCAUACGCUGUGAGGUGUGUAAGCCCAAGGCGGACGUCCAGUGGUUGAAGGACGGUGUGGAGAUCGUCCCCAGCAGGAGGUUCACCAUCCGGGCCGACGGCGUGGAACGCAGCCUGACCAUCCACAGGCUGACCAGGGACGACACGGGGGAGUACGCCUGCGAGUCCAAGGACGACCGCACCGCCGCCAGGCUCAGAGUCGAGAUGCCCCGCGUGGUAGAGUUCUUGACAGAGCUCCACAACACCAUGGUGUUAGAGGGAGAGGACGCCACCUUCAAGUGCGUGGUGUCGCCAGAGGACGUGCAGCUGGUGUGGGGGAUGGACGGCGAGCUCGUCGUCAUGGGUGACCGUUUCCAGGCAACGCAGAACGGCCUGUGUCACACCCUGGUGAUCAAGAGCUGUCAGAUCCUGGACUCCUCUAAGAUCACAGUGGAGGCUGAGGGGAACGUGUCUAAGGCCACCCUCAAAGUACAGGAAGCUCAGGUGACCUUCACUAAGAAGAUGGAGGCGGUGAUGGCCGAGGAGUACGGAGAGGCUACCAUGGAAACAGAGGUCAGUCUGGACACGGGCGAGGUCCAGUGGAUGAGGCAGGGUGUGGUCAUCCAGCCAGGACCCCGACACACCCUGGGCCAGAGCGGACGCAAACGCAGCCUGACCAUCUGCAACCUCAACCUCUCUGACCGCGGAACCUACCGCUGUGAAACCCUGCACGACCGCACGCAGGUCAAACUCAACGUGGAGCCCCGUAAGAUCGCCAUCCGUAAGGGUCUGGUGGAGACAGACACAUUUGAGCGGGAGACGGCCUCCUUCGAGGUGGAGCUGUCUCACACUGGCGUGGAGGGCGUCUGGCAGAAGGACGGUAUCCGGGUCAAACCCAGCAACCACUGGCGGGUGAGCUGCAACGGGCUGGUCCACGGACUCACCCUGUCCAACCUUACCCUGGAGGACACGGGCACCAUCGUCUUCUCUGCGGAGGGAGUCCGGACCUCUGCCAGGCUCACUGUCAAGGAGACUCCAGUGACUCUCAUGAAGAAGCUGGUAGACAUGAGACUGGAGCAGGGCUCUCCUGCCACAUUGGAGUGUGAGCUGUCCAGGCAGAACGUGGAGGUCAGGUGGCUGAAGAAUGGGACAGAGCUGAAGCCAGGGAAGACCCAGUACCGUAUUUACUCCAUGGGGAGGAAGAGGUUCUGUCAGCUGCUGCAGUGUAGCCUCUCUGAUGCAGGCACCUACACCUGUGACCUAGGAGAUGUCAAUACGUCCUGUAACCUGGAGGUCUAUGAGCCUGAAGUGGAGGUGCUACACGGGCUGGAGGACCUGUAUGUCCAGGAGGACCAGAAUGCUGUGUUCAUGUGUGAGGUGUCCAUGGAGGACGUGACCGGGGAGUGGUACAAGGAUGGACACAAGAUACGACCCACUAGCACCAUCAAGAUACGCACAGAGGGGACCAAACACUUCCUUCUCAUGUGCAACGUUAAAGCUGAGGAUUCUGGGGAGAUCCGCUUUGUGACCAAACAGACAGAAUCAACAGCCUACCUAGAGGUGGAAGAGGCCCCCGUGUCUAUCGUGAAGCCUCUGAGAGACCGCACGGCUCUGGAGAAGCACCGCGUGAUUCUGGACUGCACCGUGUCCACGCCGCGCUGUGACCUCACAUGGUACAGAGGCAAGGCAGAGCUGGUGUCUUCUGAUAGGCUAGAGAUCCACAGUGACGGCUGCUACCAUAAACUGACCAUCCACGAGGCGACUGUAGAGGACGAGGGUACCUAUAGUAUAGAGGUUGGGGAGCACACCUCCACAGCCCAACUCCUGGUGGAAGCCCAGUCCCUGGUGAUAGAGACAGAGCUGCAGGAUGUGGUGGUGACGGCUCCUGACCAGGCCUGUUUCCAGUGUGAGGUGUCCGUGGCCAUCAGCAGGCCCCCAGUCUGGACUCUGAAUGGAGAGACCAUCCAGUCCAGCCCUGAUGUCCGCUUAGAGAACCACGGAACCAUCCACAAACUGAACCUGAAACAGACCAGACCAGACAUGAGUGGGACGGUUACCUUCGCCAUGGGAAAGGCCAAGAGCAGCGCCAAACUGAACGUGAUGUGGAAGUAGAGGCAAGGGGGAGAGAAUGGGAAAUGUUGAUUCUGUUAUGAUCAGGAAUCGAAUGUCUGAGACAUUGGUACUAUAUAAGAAUGCGGUCUAUCUGAUCUAGUAAAGCUGCAUGUAACGAGCGAGACAGAAAAGUGGAAUGUGAUGAAAUGUGGUACUUAAUUAAGCCCGAAACAACUGUUUCAGGAUCAGUUUUGAUGUUUUACUCAAUGGUUGGGGUCAUGAGCAAAGCUGAUCUUCAGUCAGUUGUAAAGGGCAGAAAGUAACCUUGGAGAGAAAUGUUAAGAAGGAUGGAUUCCAGUCAAGUCAAAAGGUCAAAUCGGUAUGCAACACUUGGGUGUGUGAAGGUGUUAGAAUGGUUUAUAAUGGUGGGUAUGAAUGCCUGUGUGUAUGGAUAUAAAUCAAUUAUACACAUCAGUUACACAUAUUUAUUUUGAUAAUAUAUUGAUUGGAAAUUAUAUAAUUAAGUAAAAAAUAUUUUUUUCUAAACAUGUUAUAUUUUCCCCACCGUCAUUAAAUACUAACAUCCAUAGUU